GCAAUGGGACCCUAAUCGUCAUCUUCGCUAAGAACAAGACCCUGAGGAACGUACCCAACACUUACAUCAUCUCCUUGGCCCUGGGAGACAUCCUCGUGCUCUUCUUUACCGUUCCCUUUGUCUCCACCAUCUACACAAUCGACUCCUGGCCCUAUGGAACCUUCGAGUGCAAGUUCAGCGAGAUGGUGAGGGAGAUUUCAGUGGGCGUCACGGUCUUCAACCUCACGGCUCUCUCGGCUGAUCGCUACCUGGCUAUCGUUUCCCCCAUCAGGAAGGCCGUUGGAGCUGCCGGAGCCACGACCAUCAGGGUAGCGGUGGGGAUCCCAUGUCCAGGUAUUCGAGGUUUCUGAGGAAAAGUCCAUCGCCGUGUGUUACCCCUUCCCAGAGUACUUGCCGGAGUGGUAUCCAUGCGUCAACAUCUUGGUCAAAGCCCUCGUGUACUACUUGCUGCCUCUCAUCGUCAUCGGGACUUUUUAUCUGCUAAUGGCGCGUCACCUGCUCUCCUCAGACGUGCCAGGGGAAUCUCACGUUUUUCACAAGCAGAUUCGCACAAGGAGGAAAGUCGCUAAGGUCGUUCUCUGCUUCGUCCUCAUUUUCGCCGUUUGUUUUUUGCCUACGCAUGUUUUCUUAUUAUGGUUCUACUUUGAUCCACUCGCUUCCGUUAAAUAUAACGAAUUCUGGCACUCUACAAGAAUCGUCGGCUUUUGCCUCGGAUUUAUAAACUCCUGCAUUAACCCUAUCGCCCUCUACUGCAUCUCCGGGACGUUCAGGAAGCAAUACAACCGUUAUCUCUUCUGUUGUUGCUGGACACAGCAGGGACGCCACAGAAACACCAACUCUUUGCGCUUAACACGAUCGGGAAUGUCGAGGUACAGGUCGUCGACCAUUCGUUCUACACUACGCCCGUCCGAGACCAUCACGCUGACCACCCUCCUUCAGGAUCGAGUUUCCCCCUCUGCCACGUGAUAGCAGAGGCAAGGCGGAGGACGCCCUAAAGAGAACCCUCACUCGGAAUCCGAGAUCCAGGUCACCAGUGCAGACAGUUUUCAUCACAGCCGCACCUCCGUGUACUGCACCCUCGAAUCGGCCAACAUUACGAGCAGAAACAUCAGGAUGGACAAUGAUGUAUCCAUUUAAGAGAUGAUGGAGCUCUAGCGAGUGAGCGGAUUUUGUAUAUCGCACAAAACAGUGUCCCCAUCCUUAGGUCUCUCUUCACCUCCAAACGUAUCUGUCGCGUGUUGGUGACGGCCAUACAGUUGUGAGAAAAGAAAAAUAAUGUUCAUUUUGAUGAAACACUAUUAUAUGAAGUGCUAAUUUA